AUGGACCCCGGAACCUCUCUUAGGCACCUGUUCCUAGUGCUGCAACUGGUGAUGCUCCCAGCCGGCACUCAGGGGAAAAAAGUGGUGCUGGGUAAGGCAGGAGACCUCGCAGAGCUGCCCUGCAAAGCUUCCCAGAAUAAGAGGCUGGUCUUCAGCUGGAAGAAUUCUUACCAGACCAAGAUUCUGGGGAAUCAUGGCUACUUCUGGCACAAAGGUGCCUCCAAGCUGAACUCUCGAGUCGAAUCAAAAACAAACCUGUGGGACCGAGGAUCCUUUCCUCUGGUCAUCAAGGAUCUUGAAGUACCUGACUCGGGGACUUACAUCUGCGAAGUGGAGGACAAGAGGAUCGAGGUGGAACUGCAGGUGUUCAGAUUGACUGCCAGCUCGGACACCCACUUGCUGCUGGGACAGAGCCUGACCCUGACCUUGGAAGGCCCCUCUGGUAGUAACCCUUCAGUGCAAUGGAGAGGUCCAGGCAAUAAAAGGAAGGAUGAGGCCAGGAGUCUGUCACUGCCCCAGGUGGGGUUGGAGGACAGUGGCACCUGGACAUGCACCGUCUCCCAGGACCAGCAGACGCUGGUGCUCAGCAAGCACAUCCUGGUGCUGGCCUUCCAGGAGGUCUCCAGCACAGUCUAUGCAAAGGAGGGGGAGCAGGUGAACUUCUCCUUCCCACUCACAUUCAGAGAUGAAGAUCUGAGCGGGGAGCUGAGUUGGCUGCAGGCAAGGGGGAAUUCCUCCCCCCAGUCCUGGAUCACCUUCACCUUGAAGAACGGGAAGGUGACUGUGGGAAAGGCUCGCAAGGACCUCAAGCUCCACAUGAGGAAGGUGCUCCCCCUCCACCUGACUCUGCCCCAGGCUUUGCCUCAGUACGCAGGUUCUGGAAACCUGACCCUGGAUCUCACCAAGGGGAAGUUGUAUCAGGAAGUGAACCUCGUGGUGAUGAGAGUGACUAAGUCCCCAAACAGUUUGACCUGUGAGGUGCUGGGACCCACCUCCCCCAGGCUGACACUGAGCUUGAAGAUGGAGAACCAGAGUAUGAGGGUCUCAGGUCAGCAGGAGCUGGUGACGGUGCUGGGCCCUGAAGCAGGGAUGUGGCAGUGUCUACUGAGCGACAAGGGCAAAGUCCUGCUGGAAUCCAAGGUCAAGAUUUUGCCCCCAGUGCUCACCCACGCCUGGCCGAAGCUUCUGGCUGUGGUGCUGGGGGGGAUCACCAUUCUUCUGCUUCUCACUGGAUUUUGCAUCUUCUCUGCUAAAUGCUGGCACCGCAGGCGCCAGGCAGAGCGGACGUCUCAGAUCAAGAGACUCCUCAGUGAGAAGAAGACCUGCCAGUGCUCGCACCGGCUCCAGAAGACGUGUAAUCUCACCUGA